UUCGCUGCGAAGGCGACGAUGGCGUUCAAGCAGCGAUUGCACGAGGGCAUGAAAAGUUUCGUGGAGCGAAUAACCAGUCCUCGCACGGUCUCGGCAUUCGUCGAGAAAGGCGUGCUGACUCCCGCGGAAUUCGUCCAGGCCGGUGACAAUCUCGUCGCCAAGUGCCCUACCUGGUCCUGGGAGAGUGGCGACCCUUCCAAACAGAAGGGACAUUUGCCGAAGGACAAGCAGUUUUUGAUCACUAGGAAUGUUCCAUGCCUGCGACGAGCGGCCGCGUUUGAAGAGGAAUACGCAGCUGCUGGUGGGGAAGUUUUGCUCGAUGGAGAAGACGGGGAAGGCUGGCUAGCGACUCACGGAGCUCCUGGGGGACCUCUUAAGGACGACGAUGACACAGUUCCAUCCAUGGACAUGGCGGACACAGAAGACAGACCUCAGAUCCUGAUCUCUGACGAUACAUACGUAAAUCACGAGGAUGAUGUUCCGGAUAUGUCCGAUUUUGAUAGCUCCGAUAACCUUGUGACGCGGGACGAGUUCAUUACGCAGACUGCAGUACAUGCACCCUAUCUAAUAGCUCAUGAGCCGGAUGAUAACAAUAUCCUGCGUACUCGGACCUACGAUAUAAGCAUCACGUAUGACCAGUACUUCCAAGUUCCAAGAGUAUGGCUAACUGGAUAUGACGAGUCUCGAAUGCUUUUGGAUCCCGAGCUCGUCUUUGAAGAUGUCAGUCAAGAUCAUGCUCGACAGACUGUUACAAUUGAGGACCAUCCACACAUGGCUGGGAAGCAUGCAUCAGUUCAUCCUUGCCGCCAUGCCCCGGUUAUGAAAAAGAUCAUCGCCAUUUUGUUGUCACGAGGAGUGGAACCCGAAGUUGAUAAGUAUGAUUUCCCUGCUUGGCUUGUUGACAGUGGACAUUCUUGCGCAGGUACCUUUUUCUGUUCCUCAAGUUCAUGGCGUCGGUCAUUCCAACAAUCGAGUACGACUAUACGAUGGAGUUCACGGUUGGAGCGUCAUGAGGUACAUAAAACCGGUACAUUAUCGGCGAGAUAAUGUUCUGUACAGUUUACACCUAGAUAAAUACCAAGACAGCGCAUUCUUUAGAAGUUUCCGGUAUCACGACGGCGUUUCUUUGGUAGGCACCUAGCGGCUGCGAGUCAACACGGGGAACACGACUGCGAGCAACGCAUUCGCAUAGCUACUAGCAAGAGUCAAGUGAGUAGCAGGACAAAGUUAUGGCUGUAGGGUCCCAUGUAGCGUCCAAAAGGACGAUUGAGGAGGAUGGCGGCUUUGCUCUGCUUCAGCUUCAAGGUACCAAGUUUGAAAUUUUCUUGCCUCGUGGGGUUUCUCUUGUCUCAGAGGCUCCAUUGCAGGAUGUCGGUUCUUUAGAAAUGCUACCAGUACUCUGCUGCUCUGUGUCGGAUGAUUCGGCCAAUAUCUCCGAUGCAACUUGCGCGAACUACAUCAAGAAAGUGCUUUGCUCGAAAUGCGACUCCUUCGCUGCUGAAAGGAGAGUGCGAUCCGUCCCCCUGCUUUUGCUACUGAGCUUAUCAAACAAGCGUAAGGAACCUGGUUACCGAAGGAGGAAAUGAUGGCUUUGUCUGCAACCUGGUAGUCACAUGAAUCAUUACUGGGCAUAACUACAUGCCAGCCUGAAUCUUGCACAGCAUACAAAAAACUCAUCAAUCAAAUAAGCUUCAUCUUGGUC